CCCAGCCCCUCUGAGCGCCCCUCCCCCGCAGUGGGCCCCCUGGCCGUGUCCUUCUCCCGGGCGCCGUCGCUGGAGCAGAUCCGGGCCAAGAACCCGGGGGUGCGGCGGGGGGGUCGCUACCGGCCCCCCCUGUGCGAGGCGCGCUCCAGGACCGCCGUCAUUGUCCCCCACCGCCACCGCGAGGGCCACCUGGGCCACCUGCUCUACUACCUGCACCCCUUCCUGCAGCGCCAGCAGCUGCACUACGGCAUCUACGUGGUGCACCAGGUGCCCGCGGGG